UGAGGGGGAAUCCAUUGCGUUUCGCGGCCCCUUAUAUCUUGAAUCGCACACCAAACCCGCGAACGAUUUCCUGAAUCAGUGACGUACUCGGCCGGCUCGCGAGAUUUCGAACGUCAUCAACACAAGCCUCGAUGCGCUCUUUACAAAAAUCGUCCUCGAUUACUCGACACACGCUUCGAAGCCUCUACACGGGAGGACACAUCACUAGGAGGAAGAUGUCCGCCGUGCAGUUGCUGCGGGUGUCGGUACAUGAGCGGAUCAGCGCUGCCGCUGAAGACUUUCUGCUGCAGGUGGAGAAACGAGGAGGAAGGGCUCAAGUCCUGGCGCUGAGACCGAUGCUCAACGAGCGGCUCAUGGCGGCCGGGGAGGAGAUACUCGCGGGGCUUGAGGAAACCGUGGCGCGGUACGAGGACCUAGUGGAGCGGUCCGAGCGGGAGAUCUGCCGCCAGAGGAGGCUGCUCGAUACCGUGAUGCAGCCCGUAGUCCAGCUGCACAGAGCAGACAUCCAGCAACUGAUGGUGAAAAAAGAAGAGGUUCCCCCUGAGCAGCAGCAGUGGAGCCCCCUUGUGGACCAGGAGGACCCGUGGACCAAUCAGGAUGGACAGCAGCUUCAAGGACUGGAGGAGGCUGAUAUAAUGUUCCCAUUGACUCCUGUCGCUGUGAAGAUUGAAGAAGAUGAAGAGAAACCUAAAUCGUCAAAGCUUCAUCCGAGUGAGACGAUGGAGAACAGAGCGGACUCUGGAGGACCAGAACCUGCCAGGAACUCAGGUCCUGAUGGACGUUUACAACCAGGUCCUGAUGACAAGACCGAAGACAGUGAGGAUGAUUGGAUGGAGACCAGGGAAACUCAGACUGGUUUAAAUACAAGAAAUAACAAACAGCCUCCAAGUGAUAUGGGAUGUAAGACAGAAAAAAAAAGGUUAAGUUGCUCUGAUUGUGGUAAAAGAUUUAACCACAUGAGCGAUCUAAACCGACAUACGAGGCGUCAUACAGGAGAGAAACCAUUUAGUUGCUCUUUCUGUGGUAAAAGAUUUACUCAAAGAAGCAGUCUAAAUACACAUACGAAGAGUCAUACAGGAGAAAAACUGAUUAGUUGCUCUGAGUGUGGUAAAAGAUUUACCCAAAGGAGCAGUCUAAAUACACAUAUGAGGAGUCAUACAGGAGAGAAACCCUUUAGUUGCUCUGAGUGUGGUAACAGAUUUACCCAAAGGAGCAGUCUAAAUACACAUAUGAGGAGUCAUACAGGAGAGAAACAGUUUAGUUGCUCUGAGUGUGGUAACAGAUUUACCCAAAGGGGCCAUCUAAAUACACAUAUGAAGAGUCAUACAGGAGAGAAACAGUUUAGUUGCUCUGAGUGUGGUAAAAGAUUUACCCAAAGGAGCAAUCUAAAUAAACACAUGAUGAGUCACACAGGAGAGAAACCAUUUAGUUGCUCUAAGUGUGCUAAAAGAUUUACCCAAAGUGGCCAUCUAAAUAUACAUAUGAGGAGUCAUACAGGAGAGAAACUGUUUAGUUGCUCUGAGUGUAGUAAAAGAUAUAGCCACAGAGGCAGUCUAAAUAUACAUAUGAGGAGUCAUACAGGAGAGAAACAGUUUAGUUGAUCUGAGUGUGGUAAAAGAUUUAAGAUUCAGUCAUAUUGUAUGAGACAUGUGAGGAUUCAUACAGGAGAGAAGUGAUUCAGUUGCAACCUUUGCAACCAAGUAUUUGUUAGGAUUUAUCAGCAGAUAUUCAUAUUAUACACAUUCAUAGUUCACUGUUUUAAGUAGAAUAUUAACAGUUUUUAUGUCCCUAGAAAAUAUAACUCUUUGAAUAACACGAAAGAUUUGUGUUAAUAUAUCUUGUUUCUACUGAUUUCUACAUAAUUUAUCUAUUUUUCAUAAAGUCCUUCAUGUCAUUUUAAGCUUAGCGUGUGUUCCUUGCCAGAGGUGUCAAAGUAUUCACAUUCAUUACUCAAGUAGAAGUAUAGAUACUAGGGUUUAAAAAGACUUCUGUAGAAGUUGAUGUAUCAACUCAAGCUUUUUACUGAAGUAAAAGUGUAAAAGUACUGGUUUCAAAACUACUUCAAGUAUAAAAGUAAAAGUAAUUUAAAGGGAAUUUUUUCCCAUUAAGAACAAACUCUUAAAACGCAUCUCAGGGGCCUAUAGUGCACUACCCCACUGUUGGUCCAUGGUUUUUGUGCAAACCACAGGCCUCCUUUUCGGCCUACAAGUUUGGUCAAAACUUGAAACAAGCAUGCCACAUGCUCUGGAGUGAACUCAAUCUCCCAAGAUGCCACAGGUUCUAUUGUUCUGAAAAACCAAUGAGCUCAGUCUCCAUGGGGGCAACAGGCUCCUUUUGUUUCAGCAACUUCACACGUAGGUGUGAACAGUCACAAUGUUCUAUAAGGAGUGAUCUUCUCCAACUCUUUCUUUUUCCAUCCACCCACUGAGGACAGCAGGCGGCCCGCCGCUUCUCCUGCAUUGCUGAGGAGAGGGUCUGGCUGCCCCAGCACAUCUUCUCUUCACAUCAACAACCGGAGGUCAGAGGUGCAGCUUUCAAACUCAUCUUCUCAAAGAAACCUCCUCUUAAAUCAAGCUUCUACAAACUCCUAGCAGCGACUCAAUGUCCCGCAGGUACGGAUUUCAAACAAGCAUUUGAGCACACAGCUCCACAGCAACGCUAAGACAGAGACCAUUCGACCAACUGGCAGGACGAAUUGAAAUUUAACUGCAACUCCCUUUUCACCUUUCUAAGGACUGUUAAAAAUCUGGGCUUAAUAAUUGUACUAGAAUAAGCAAGACUAUUUAUUUGAUUAUGUGUUUGUUUACAAGUUUGAUCGGUGGUGUGAUAUUGUGGCUACAAGUUAAAUGAAAGCUAAUGUUAGAUAGGCCCAUCACAGGCUUCCUUUGUAGGUCUAUCUGACUCUUGCAUUCUCUGAUUUAACAUCCACACAGAAAAGCAUACCUCAACACCUACUUAUCUACUUUCCCGGCAGAAAUAGGCUAUGAGGAGCCGGAGUGGCGAUGUAAAUAAACGACUAAGAAGAAGACGUCUCUUCUUUGUGUGUUUUGUCUUUGACAAACAACGUUACUCCGCUUAGUGUUCUGGCGGUGAAUUGCGUUGGCACACGCGCAACACGUUAGUGAAGCGUAAACCAAAACGAGUCCGUCGAUGCAGCUGCAUGGCCUUCCGUGGUUGCAGUCGCAGGACUAUAAUUCAGCCUUUAGGGACCAUCUUAGAGCCCAAGGGCAGGCGUUACCCUUUUGGUCAACCACCAUUUUAGAGCCCCUGAUUUACAUGGUCACACACACUCACAUACACAUCAUGUAUGAUGUGUAUGUAGGAAGAACGUUUGUUUAGUAAUUUGUGUUUUUAUACUUGAUUAUGUCAUAAAUGUUUUCUUUCACAAAUACUCUGUAUUUGCAUAAGUGAAUUUUGCCAACCGUUACACUGUUAAGAACUCCAUAACCUGCACUGUUCAUUAUAUAAUCUUUAAUAGUAAAAUAUUGAGAUUUCUAAUUGGACUAGAUCUAAAUUAAACUGAUCUUAAUCAAUAAAUUGGCUCUUUUCCCUUCUUUGAAGGGUGGUGCCCCAAGAAAACUUUAACCAACUAAAGUUAUGAUUUAACAUUAAUUUUUUUUUUGAUAACCAAAUUUAUUGAAGGCCUAAAGGAAAACCAUUCUAUGGUAUCACUUUUAAAGCACUAUUGCACAACAUCAUCUCCUCCAAAAAAUAUUAUUUUCUAAAAUCUAAAAAUAUUGUCUGACAUCCAACCGGUACGUAGCACAAAAAAGGUUGGUGACCGAUGGCAAAGAAAACCAAUAGGGUAUCCGAAUGGUAUUUGUUUAUACUUCUCAUCCAACCACAAUCAAAUUUACUCUAUCCCGAUGGUGGGAUUUAUCUGGAUAGGUUUUUUUUGUGUGUGUUUUUGAACGAUGACAAACCGGAAUGAAAACAAGCCAAAAUGAAAUAGGAGUAACGAGGCUAUUUUAAAAUGUAAGGAGUAGAAAGUACAGAUAUUUGCGUGAAAAUGUUAGGAGUAGAAGUAAAAAGUCGUCUGGAAAAUAAAAAUAUUCCAGUAAAGUAUAGAAACCAAAAAUGUCUACUUAAGUAAGGUUAAGUAUUUGUACUUCGUUACAUGACACCUCUGUUCCUUGAAAAGUAUGAAUGUGUGUUCCUAACUAGUUCAUAUGAUCUCCUUUAUGUAUUGAAUGUGUUUCAAAGAAUAAAAGCCUAAUUAAAAGAUAA